UCUCAUCUUUAACGCAUGCGCGUCCAUUUACACGUGUGGCGAACGUUUAAUUUGAAGUGACUGCAUUUGCACCAACUCUGAGACUCCGCAGUAUAUAAAACGUUUUGCUAAAAGCUGUAAAAAAAACUUCCUUCGCUCCGUUUUUAAACUCAAGUAAGAAGGAAAAGUCACUCCUCCGUGAAGCUUUUCGCCGAGAGGGCAGAGAACAGGAAAACUGGUAAAAAAUGACCGAAGCUCAAGUAAACCCAAAGGCUUACCCUCUGGCCGACGCCACGCUGACCAAAACCAUCCUGGACCUGGUGCAACAGGCGUCCAGCUACAGUCAGCUGAGGAAGGGAGCUAACGAGGCCACAAAAUCUCUUAACAGAGGUAUUGCCGAGUUCAUCGUCAUGGCAGCGGAUGCUGAACCACUGGAGAUCAUUCUCCAUCUGCCACUGCUCUGUGAAGACAAGAAUGUCCCCUAUGUCUUUGUUCGCUCCAAACAGGCCCUGGGCCGAGCCUGUGGGGUGUCCCGCCCUGUCAUUGCUACCUCAGUCACCAUAAAGGAGGGAUCUCAACUCAAGCCGCAGAUCCAGUCAGUUCAGAUGGCAAUAGAGAGACUGUUGGUCUGAGCUGGACUGCACUGAUGUGAGCAGAGUCUUCAGGAAGAAAGGAGAAGAGUUAUUCCAUCUUAGAUAAACAUUGGAUUAAAAUAAUCCAAUGUUUUUGUUUUUGAAUCAAUGAGUUGUUUUACAUGGUGAAUAAUGACUUUUUUAUUUUUAAGAAUGUUUUUUUAUUUUGGAGGACCCUGAUGCACCACUUGAUUCACAAUAAACUCCUUUUUUAACUAA